UCCAAGGAACAGCCCUAAUUGCAUGCGUUGUAGAGGGAGAGAGAAACGGCCUCGGGGCAGACAGAAAGCCAUUGAGCUGGCCUGCAAUCAAUUACAGGAGCCGAAGAGAGAAAGGGGGUGGAAUUUUCCUUUGGAAGAGUAGAGAGAGCGGAGUGUGGAACACUCCAGAGAGAGAAGAGUGAGCAACCUUUUAUUCGGUAUAAGUAUAAAUAGAGAGAGAAUACUGUAAUCUUCCGCUCGUGCUGCCAUUGGAGUAGAGCUAAGUUUGCCAUUUGAGUAGAGCCAAGUUCAAUGAUGGAAAACACGCCCCCCUACACAGAGCUCUAUGCUCUGUUACAUAUAUCGCCAGAAGCUUCAGACGAAGAGAUACGAAAAGCAUACAGGCAAUGGGCUCAGAUUUAUCACCCAGACAAGUACCAGUCUUCCGAGAUGAAAGAUAUAGCUACUGAGAAUUUUCAACGAAUUCGCCAUGCUUAUGAAAUUUUAUGCGAUGAACAUAAAAGGCAAAUAUACGAUAUUUAUGGAAUGGAAGGAGUAACUUCAGGUUUGGAGCUUGGACCAAAGUUGAAUAAACCUGAAGAAAUCAAGGAGGAGUUUGAAAGAUUAAAACGUCGACGAGAAGAAGAAAAGGCAUCCGCUCAUGUUCAGCCUUCUGGUUCUAUACUUGUAAAUUUGUCUUUGCCACAGUUUCUAAAUGGUGGUGGCAUCUUGAGAGGAAUGGGAAUGGCGAGCGAAGUGCAAUCUCGAAUAUCCAAGAGAAACACUGUUGCCUUAGGUGGAAACUUGGCGGUCAGUGGAAAUUCCGGUGGAGGAGGUGCAACGGCUGUUCUCAGGCACCAGGCUUCUUCGGUUGCUUCCAUAGAAUUCAUGGCUUCUGCUGGUUUACGUUCCCUUCUCGGGAUACAAACAUCUCGUCAUGUAUCACUUCACUCAACUGCUACGAGUGGGAUCACAGUUUCUCUGAGAGAUGGUUCAAUCAAUCUUUCGAACACCUGGACUCGUCAACUAUCUGAGACAUCCACUGGAAAUAUACAACUCAUUUUUGGAGUAGAACCAACUAUAGCUGUUGGAUGGCAAAGGAAGGAAGAGAAAAAUUCGGCUGCUGGGGAGUUGAAGUUUGGUACUGGUUCUUUUGGAGCAUCUGGACAUUAUACUCGUCACUUCUCUGCCAAAUCUCAUGGUAGAAUCGCUGGUAGAAUUGGAAGUACUGCUCUUGAAUUUGAAGUGGGAGGUGGCAGAAAAAUUUCGGAUUAUAGCACAGUGCGGAUGGUUUAUACUAUAGGCAUUCAGGGCAUCUUUUGGAGAUUCGAAUUACAUCGUGGAGGCCAAAAACUCAUUGUUCCUGUGUUGCUUUCAAGGCAUUUGAAUCUAUUUUUUGCAACUGGAGCAUUGAUGAUGCCUUCCUCGCUUUAUUUCUUUUUGAAGACUUUGGUUGUCAAACCGUAUUAUCUUAGGAGGGAGAGAAGAAAAGCUCUAGAAAAAUGCCAAAGUACUUCAGCUCAGGUUAAGGAGGCGAAGGUUGCAGCUGAAAAAGCUCAGCAAUUGUUGCAAAAUGUUGCCAUUAGAAAGAAAAAUAAGCAGUCAGAAACAGGGGGUUUGGUUAUUACAAAAGCAAUAUAUGGGAACCUCAAAGCUUCCAAGAAAAGGAGCGAGCAAGGUGGGGAAGAAGAUGAUGAGUUGGUCUCACAAGUUAUUGAUGUCACCUUGCCUCUUAACUUUUUGGUGACUGAUAAUGGGCAGCUCAAGCUUCACGAGGGCAUAAAGAAGUCCGGUAUCAUGGGGUUCUGUGAUCCGUGCCCAGGAGACCCGAAGCAACUGCGAGUGGAGUACACUUACAAAGGAGAUAACUAUGAGGUGAUUGUUGAUGACUAUGGAGAACUGUUUAUACCACAAGAGCAUCAUAUGGUGUGAAUGGUGUUUCGAGGAUCACUUACCAAAAAAGAGUGUUGUUUCGAAUAAGGCCUUUGAACACUUGUAGGUUGCCUCAACAAAUUUUGCAUGCUAGGGCAUGUUGGAGAGGGCCCUUAGAUAUAUAUUCUAGUUUAUUUCGAUUAGAAAAAGAAUAAAUCUAAAUUCUUCUUAAAUGAAAAUUUAGGCAGAUAUUUAGUGAGAGGACAUCGCAGAACCAUCCCCUCUGUUGAUGUCAAACGGUUGAGGGCUUUAUAUACCAUUAGGGCAAGUGGGAUUUUACCCCUUAGGGGUAUUAGUGUUACUACAGUUCUAUAAUACAUGUAAUACACAGAAUGGGCUUGUAGUUUGAGGAAUCUUUCAAGUUGGGAUUUGUACUUUUUUUAUUAAAAAGAAAGUAAUAUUAAAGAAAUGAACUUGAGUUCUUGAAA